GAAAACCCCAGGAUCAUGUCCAAAACCCGUUGGAGCAGGACUGUGUGUUGAGAAGUGUUCUGGUGACAGUAACUGUCCAAACAAUCAGAAAUGCUGCAGCAAUGGAUGUGGACAUCAGUGUAUGCCUCCAUAUAAAGCAGAAAAGCCAGGAUCAUGUCCAGAACCCGUUGGACCAAGACCUUGUCUUGAGAUGUGUUCUGGUGACAAUAGCUGUCCAAACAAUCAGAAAUGCUGCAGCACUGGAUGUGGACAUCAGUGUAUGCCUCCAUAUACAGCAGAAAAGCCAGGAUCAUGUCCAAAACCCGUUGGAUUUGGACUGUGUGCUGAGAUGUGUUCUGGUGACAGUAGCUGUCCAAACAAUCAGAAAUGCUGCAGCAAUGGAUGUGGACAUCAGUGUAUGCCUCCAUAUAAAGCAGAAAAGCCAGGAUCGUGUCCAAAACCCGUUGGAGCAGGACUGUGUGCUGAGAUGUGUUCUGGUGACAGUAUCUGUCCAAAACAACCAGAAAUGCUGCAGCAAUGGAUGUGGACACCAGUGUAUGGCCCAUAUAGAGAAAAGCCAGGAGUGUGUCCUGGAAACAAUCACAACACAUCAGGAGUGUGUGUCGGGAUGUGCUUCCAUGAUGGUGAAUGUCUGAAUGAUGAGAAAUGCUGCAGCAAUGGAUGUGGAUAUCAGUGUAUGCCUCCAUAUAAAGGUAUUCAUAUUGUUAUAAUAGUAAAAAGCCAGGAUCGUUGUCCAGAACCCGUUGGAGCAGGACUGUGUGCUGAGAUGUGUUCUGGUGACAGUAGCUGUCCAAACAACCAGAAAUGCUGCAGCAAUGGAUGUGGACGCCAGUGUAUGCCUCCAUAUACAGAAAAGCCAGGAUUGUGUCCAGAACCCGUUGGACCAAGACCUUGUCUUGAGAUGUGUUCUGGUGACAAUAGCUGUCCAAACAAUCAGAAAUGCUGCAGCACUGGAUGUGGACAUCAGUGUAUGCCUCCAUAUACAGCAGAAAAGCCAGGAUCGUGUCCAGAACCCAUUGGAUUUGGACUGUGUGUUGAGAUGUGUUCUGGUGACAGUAGCUGUCCAAACAAUCAGAAAUGCUGCAGCAAUGGAUGUGGACAUCAGUGUAUGGCUCCAUAUACAGUUGGACCAGCAAAGCCAGGAGUGUGUCCUAGAAACAACGUUAAAAAAAUGGUGUUAGGAGUGUGUGCUGAGAUGUGUUCCCAUGACAGUGACUGUCCGAAUGAUCAGAAAUGCUGCAGCAAUGGAUGUGGACAUCAGUGUAUGCCUCCAUAUAAAGAAAAGCCAGGAGUGUGUCCAAGCAAAAACCUCAAAAUAGGAGUGUGUGGUGAAUUGUGUUCCCGUGACAGUAACUGUCCAAACAACCAGAAAUGCUGCAGCAAUGGAUGUGGACAUCAGUGUAUGGCUCCAUAUAGAGAAAAGCCAGGAGUGUGUCCAAGAACACCUCUCAGAAUAAAAGGUGUUUGCGCUGAGUUUUGUUCUCAUGAUGGUGACUGUCCGAAUGAUGAGAAAUGCUGCAGCAAUGGAUGUGGACAUCAGUGUACAGCUCUACCGAAAGAAAAGCCAGGAGUGUGUCCAAUGACUUUGGCUGGAGUAAGAGGACCGUGUGAAGAGUUGUGUGUCAAUGACUUUGACUGUCCGAAAAAUGAGAAGUGCUGCAGCUCUAUAUGUGGAGGACGUCUAUGUACACCUGCAUCUUAAGACAGAAGUCUUGCCCAACCACCUGUGGAAAUGCAUGCAGAUAUCAUACCAAUUUAUCCACUGGGAAAAGUCUUUGAUUGUCUUUCCUUGAAGUCAUUGAUUGUAAGGUUCUGUGUGUGUGCAUUUGUUGUUGUUAAAUCUAAAAAAAAAAAUAAUAAUUUUUUUAUUUCACACUAAUGAAAAUGAUGUCGGGAUCAUUUUUUGCCUAUGAAAUCUGCUUGUACUAACAAUUUCAUGAUUUGUGUUAUAUCUGAGCAAUGAUUAUAUCAUAAUUGCUUUUGGGGUUUUUCAUUUUGUAAACCUUAAUGCCUAAUAAA